ACGUCACAGCCGUGUUUUCUAUUGUCCACAUAACAUGCUGCUAAAAGGAGACCUACCUUGUUCAUUGUAGUAAAUACCAGCUACAAAUGGACCGCAGUCUGAAGCGCCGGCAGGUGAAGCCCCUUGCUGCCUCUCUCUUAGAUGCCUUGGAUUAUGACAGCUCAGAUGACAGUGACUUUGAAGUGGGAGAUGCCUCAGGAUCAGAGGGCACAGGCAACGGCAGUGAUGAGGAAGGGUCCAAAGCGAGCGCUGCAGGCUCAGCGAGCGACUCGGACAACGCUGGUUCUGCAGACGACGGCAUAGAUGAAGAGGAGGCCAAAGACCUGGCUGCCAAUGACAACUUAACGGAAGAUGAAGAGAAGACCAAACAGCAGCCUUCCUCUGACAGCUCCACCAAAGACAGCCUUGCUGUCACCCCGCCCAAAGGCCGACGCAAGAGCAAGAAGGCCCCCGAGGCCGAGCCUGAGCCUGCCGCAGGCGGCGGCACUGAGUCCAACUCAGCGCCAGGCGCUGGCAGCGCUAACGCGGAAGAGUCUCAGGCCGAGCCCAAGAAAUGGAAUUUCCGCAGGAACCGCCCCCUGCUGGACUUCACCACUAUGGAAGAACUGAACGAGAUGGACGACUACGACAGUGAGGACGAUAACGACUGGAGACCAACAGCGGGGAAGAAAAAAGGCAAAGCAGCCGCUCAGAAAGGAGGAGCAGAGGAAGAGGAGGGCGGCAGUGGCAGCGCUAGUGAGGACGACGAUAACGACGAUGACGACGAGGACGACGAGGACGACGAGGACGACGACGACGAUGAUGAUGACGACAAUGCCAAGGAGGAUGGUGAUGACAACAACAGCAGCACCAACAACAACAACAACAACAGUAGCAGUGACAGUGACAAAGAAGUGAAGAAGCCCAAGAAGAAGGCAAAGAGCACCAAUGCUUUUGAUGAAGAGCUGACGAAUGACAGCAUGUCCCAGGGAAAGGGCAAUGAGGAUGCCUUGCUGGACCGAUCCCAAACCUGGAGCACUCAGCACAUCCUCAUCUGCUGCGUCUGUCUGGGAGACAACAGCGAGGAUGCAGAUGAGAUCAUCCAGUGUGACAACUGUGGGGUGACCGUGCACGAAGGGUGUUACGGCGUGGACGGCGAAAGCGACUCAAUCAUGAGCUCUGCCUCAGAGAAUUCGACAGAGCCUUGGUUCUGUGACGCCUGUAAGAACGGAGUGACUCCCAGCUGUGAGCUGUGCCCCAACCAGGAUGGCAUCUUCAAAGAGACUGACGCCGGGAGAUGGGUGCAUGUGGUGUGUGCACUUUACGUUCCCGGUGUUGCAUUUGGAGACAUCGAUAAACUGCGACCAGUGACGCUCACAGAGAUGAAUUAUUCAAAAUACGGGGCCAAGGAGUGCAGUUUCUGUGAGGACGCCCGUUUUGCCAGGACGGGUGUGUGCAUCAGCUGUGAUGCAGGAAUGUGUCGCUCCUAUUUCCAUGUCACCUGUGCACAGAGGGAGGGGCUCCUUUCGGAGGCUGCAGCAGAGGAGGAUAUUGCUGAUCCAUUUUUUGCGUACUGCAAACAGCACGCAGACCGCUUUGACAGGAAGUGGAAAAGGAAGAAUUAUCUGGCCCUCCAGUCCUACUGUAAGGUCUCUGUGCAGGAGAGAGAGAAACAGCUUACUCCUGAAGCUCAGGCCCGAAUCACUACCCGCCUGCAGCAGUACAGGGCCAAAGCAGAGCUGUCCAGGAACACUCGGCCUCAGGCGUGGGUGCCCCGGGAGAAGCUGCCGCGACCUCUGACCUCCAGUGCCUCAGCCAUCAGGAAGCUGAUGAGGAAGGCGGAGCUGAUGGGCAUCAGCACCGACAUUUUCCCCGUGGACACGUCUGACGCCAAUGCCAGCUUGGACGGACGCAGGAAACACAAGCAGCCCGCCCUCACAGCAGACUUCGUUAACUACUACCUGGAGCGGAACAUGCGAAUGAUCCAGAUCCAGGACAACAUCUCUGAACAGAAGAACUUAAAAGACAAGCUGGAGAGCGAGCAAGAAAAACUGCACGUGGAGUACAACAAGCUCUGCGAGUCCCUGGAGGAGCUGCUGAAUGUGAAUGGAGAGCUGCGGAGUGAAGGCCAGGCCAUGUGGACUCUGCUGGGGGGCAUCCUGGGCCAGAAACUAAACACCCCAGCUGUUCUGAAAGCCCCUAAAGAGAGGAAGCCCAGCAAGAAGGAGGGAGGAACCCCAGGGAAGUCAUCCAGCCUGCCAGCAAUCCUCUACAGUUGUGGCAUCUGUAAGAAGAACCAGGACCAACAUCUGCUGGUGUUGUGUGACACCUGCAAGCUCUACUACCACCUGGGCUGCCUGGAGCCACCACUAACACGCAUGCCCAAGAAGACCAAGAACAGCUACUGGCAAUGCUCCGAGUGUGACCAGGCCAGCAGCGAUGAGGCCGAUAUCGCCAUGGAGACGCUACCAGAUGGUACCAAGAGGUCCAGGAGGCAGAUCAAAGGACCAAUCAAAUUCAUCCCACAGGAGAUGUCGCCAGAGCCCAAGAAACAUCAAGUGAGCGGCACGAGAACCAGAGGGCAGAAGAGGAAGAGGGUUCCCAUCUGUGAGGACAGAGAAGAUAAAAUUGAGGAACCACUGCCACGGGAACGCCGACAACGCCACUCUGCAAUGCAGAAAAAACCCAAAGGUGACGACACGAGGACUGAGUGUACAACCUGCAAAGGGCCGGGCGACAACGAAAACCUCGUGAGGUGUGACGAGUGCCGCCUCUGCUAUCACUUCGGGUGUCUGGACCCCCCGCUGAAGAAAUCCCCCAAGCAGACGGGAUACGGCUGGAUCUGCCAGGAGUGUGAUACAUCCUCCUCCAAGAGGGAAUUGAUGGAGAUAUCCCACAAUGCCAGAGCCCAUCAGCUCCUGCAGUUCCCGUCGGAGGGGGGGGGGAGCGUCUGCCUCUUCACUCUCCACAAAGCAAACGUCUCUCGCAGUGGCCACUGAUGCAAAACACAGCUCCGUGCCUCAACCUCUGUAGUCCACAGUGAGAGAACAGGAGGAGGCAGAACAUGGCUGCUUCAUGUCCCCUCUGUCCUCUUUCUCUGGCUUUAAAAUGUGCUACACAUUUAAAUACAAGACACGCACAUCUUCAAAACACAGACACAGAUAAUAUUAGGUUCAGAGUUAUAAUUAUGGCUUCAUGUAAAUAUCUAAAAACAGGAUCCUGGAUACUCACCCACCAUUGAUGUGAAGGAUAUGAUGCAGUUUGAUUACAUAUUCAACACAUACAUAUUCAAAAGACGCCUACACAUCAGAAGGAAGAAGCCUGGAACACAUUCAACACCUAAUUGCUCACAGUUUCUGUUUUUCCAUACUCUUUAUCAGUAUUAUCCAUAUUAUCAAUCCAAAAGCAAAUGAGUCAUGAAAGAACGUUUCAGUUAGUGAAAGCUGCUCCAACCAAUGUGUAGAUCAUCAAGUAAGUGAAAAGAAAAUGUCCAAAAAUGUAUGUUUAAAUACAGAAAUAAAUGCAUACAGAUAUGAAUAAAGAGCACCAGUUCAGUUAAAUACUAGUGAUAAAGUAGAUGGUUCAUCAUUGCAUAUUGAUUUAUCAUAUUUCACUGUAGGCUCUCUCAAUAUUAUCUUUGGAGAAAAAACUAACUUUCAGUAAUGUCAAAAAUCAGAAUCACAUCUAUACAUACGAUACAUACAUAUUUUUCAGUAGAAAAUCCUAACUUAUAUUUCCCUCAUAUCUAAUUUCUUUUUGAAAAAAUUGCAAAAUACUGUUGUCCAAUGUUUAGAUCUGUGAUGUUAACAAUGAAUCAAAUCCCUAUGUGUAAAGAGGCGCUUAAACCAGCUACCAACUAUGCAGUUCCCCUCAGCAUUACAGGGCGUUUUAGCAUCUUUUUAAAAUGUAUUGUUUAGUUUUUUAGCAUGCAAAAUCUACUGUGUCCAGUCUCACGGGUCUCAACUUUGUUUCCACCCUAAACAAGCAGCUGUUUUUGGCUACAAAUCUCUAAUAGUGUGUUCACACCGACUGUGUUUCGGGCAAAUUGCGAGACUUGAUUACAUACUAAAUGAAUGCAAAUAGAAGCAAAUUUGCAGCGGUGUGAAGACAACAUAAGAAACCCACUGUACACUACCUGCCUAACAGCAGACAGACAAAGCUAGCAAUAGUAGAGCAUCUAGCUGCUAAAGAGCCACAUGUUUUUGUCAAGAGCUGGUGGAGACCAAAACAGAGCUAUAAAGAAGAGUGAAAAUUGGACUAAGUGGACACCAGCACAACUUUAAAGUUAUAUUAUUAAGAACUAAUGUUCUUCUGUGUCUGUUGGAUGUGC